AUGGACAGCGCCCGCCCCGCCGGUCCCGGGCGCCUGGACGCCGCUGGCUUCUGGCAAGUGUGGCAGCGCUUCGACGCGGACGAAAAAGGCUACAUAGACGAGAAGGAGCUGGAUGCUUUUUUCCGCCACAUGUUGACGAAGCAGGGUACUGACGAUGCCGUCAUGGAUGAAACAGUGCAGAAGUUGAAACAGCAGUUGAUGGCUUCCCAGGGCAUCUCUAAAGAUGUUCGCACACCGAUGAAGGAGCUCGCCAGCAUGUUCUUGUCCGAGGAUGAGAAUUUUCUUCUGCUGUUUCGACGGGAAACUCCCUUGGACAGCAGCGUGGAGUUUAUGCGGGCUGAUAUUCGGAACUUCCUCCGAGAUCUCUUUCUCCACCACGAAAAGGUCAUUUCCGAAGUUAAGCUGGAUGAAUAUACUGACACCAUGAUGAAGAUCUUUGACAGAAACAAAGACGGCCGGUUGGAUCUCAAUGACUUGGCAAGGAUUCUGGCCCUUCAGGAAAACUUCCUUCUCCAAUUUAAGAUGGAUGCCUGUUCCACUGAGGAAAGAAAGAGGGAUUUUGAGAAAAUCUUUGCCCACUAUGAUGUUAGUAAAACCGGAGCUCUGGAAGGCCCCGAGGUGGACGGGUUCGUCAAAGACAUGAUGGAACUGGUCAAGCCCAGCAUCAGCGGGGUGGACCUUGACAAGUUCCGGCAGAUCCUCUUGCGUCACUGCGAUGUGAAUAAGGAUGGCAAAAUUCAGAAGUCUGAGCUGGCUCUGUGCCUUGGCCUGAAAAUCAACGCCUAAAUCCCAAGCGACGUUGCCUUUUGCCUUCGUCUUGUUCCCGUGCUUCUUUCUGCUGGU